AUGGGAUCCAUUAAGAGCUUCAAACUAAAGCAGAAAUUGGGAAAAUGCAGGAAGAAAAAUAGACCAGUACCCCACUGGUACAGGCUGAGGAAGGACACAAAAAUUAGAUAUAACACGAAAAGAAGACAUUGGAGACGAACAAAAUUGGGACUUUAA